AGAAAAUGGAUGGGAAAUGUCUUAGGUAAGUUCAAUUUUUCUGUUAAUUGGCUCUCUCUUUACCUCUGUAGAUGAAGAUCUACAGAAGAAUGACAGAUGGAAAUUACUCCCUGGUGACAGAAUUUAUCCUGGAGGGCUUAACUAACCAGCCAGAACUGCAAAUGCCUCUGUUUUUCCUGUUUCUAGGAAUCUAUGUGGUUACGAUAGUGGCCAAUCUGGGCUUGAUUACACUGAUUUCAUUGAAUUCACACCUUCACACACCCAUGUAUUAUUUCCUCUUUAAUUUGUCAUUUGUAGAUAUUUGCUACUCUUCUGUCUUUACCCCAAAAAUGCUAAUGAAUUUUGUGGUGGAGAAAAACACCAUCUCCUACGCAGGCUGUUUGACCCAGCUCUACUUCUUUUGCUUCUUCGUCAUCACAGAAUGUUAUAUACUGACUGCCAUGGCAUAUGACCGUUAUGUUGCUAUUUGCAAGCCGCUGCUGUAUAAUGUUAUAUUGUCCCCACGGAUAUGUGCUGUGUUCGUACUUGGUGCAUAUGUGAUGGGAUGCUGGGGUUCCCUGGCCCAUACUCUUUGCAUGGCAAGACUGACCUUCUGUGAUGCAAACCUUGUCAAUCAUUAUUUGUGUGAUAUCCUCCCAGUGCUCCAGCUUUCCUGCACCAGCACUUAUGACAAUGAGGUUGUGGUCUUUGUUCUGGUUGGCAUGAACAUUGUGGUGUCUACCAGUACCACUUUUAUCUCCUAUGGUUUCAUCAUUGCCAACAUCCUCCGCAUCAGCUCCACACAGGGCAGAGCUAAAGCCUUCAACACCUGCAGCUCCCACAUAAUGACUGUCUCACUCUUUUUUGGAGCGGCAGCAUUCAUGUACAUGCAACCAUCAGAUGUAGAAUCUAUGGAUAAAGGAAAAGUGGCCUCAGUGUUCUACACAAACGUUGGACCCAUGCUGAACCCCCUGAUCUACAGCUUAAGGAAUAAGGAUGUCAAGCUUGCUCUGAAGAAAACCCUGAAAAGAAAACUUUUUCUUAAUUAGAUAUAGUGAAA